AGACAGCAGGCAUUGCAGGCUGGAAGAAGCACUGUUUCUGCUGCCAUGACAACCAUGCAAGGAAUAGAACAGACCAUCAUACAGGUGAUCCCUGGAGAUGUUCAGCCCUCAGAGAAGUCUGUUAUAAGGUCACAACUGUGGAAAGAGAGCACAGAGAAAUUCUUGAAGGGGGAACCCAAAGUCCUAGGGGUUGUACAAGUUAUGAUUGCGCUCAUAAACCUCAGCUUGGGUGUAAUAAUCAUGAAUUUAGAACAUUCUGAGAUAAUCCUUUCAGUGUACAUAUGGACCCCUGUUUGGGGGUCAAUCACGUUCAUGCUCUCAGGGUCCUUGUCCAUCGCAGCAGCAGUGAGAACUACAAAGGGUCUGGUCACCAGCAGUAUAACUUUGAACACCAUUAGCUCUGUGGUGGCUGCAGCAACAAGUAUAAUUGGUUUCAUUAGUGUGCUUUCGAAUGCAUUUCAUAUUCAUUAUACAAUCAGAGUUGGUAUGGAUGCUUUGAUGUUCAUUUUAAAUGUGCUAGGAUUCUGCAUUACUGUGUCCAUUGCUGCCUUUGGGUGUAAAGCAUCCUGUUGUACCCCCAGUGAGGUUGUGGUCGUUCUGCCAGCAAAUCCUGCCAUGUCAGCAGCGGCACCUCCCAUGCCGCUUCAACCAUUGGUACCACCAGUACACCAAGAACAAAACGUUCCAGGAAAUCUAUACAAGAAUCCCACUGGAGGAAGAGUCCAGUUCUGA